UCUACGCAGCGCCUGUGCCGCCGCGUCUCGACGUGUCACCGGUGGCGCCGUGGCUGUAGCAAGGGAAGGAGCUGACUUGGGGAGUUCCAGGCGGCGGGCGACGGCAGCGACCCGGGCCUGGACCUGCCCCGGCACGGAAGUGUCCUGGGGGCCGUGGGAGGCUGGAGACCGAGGUGGCAUCCCGGCCUGCGUGGGGCAAGAUGUUGAACAUGUGGAAGGUGCGGGAGCUGGUGGACAAAGCCACCAAUGUGGUUAUGAAUUAUUCAGAGAUUGAGUCUAAGGUUCGAGAAGCAACGAAUGAUGAUCCUUGGGGACCUUCUGGGCAACUCAUGGGAGAGAUUGCCAAGGCUACAUUUAUGUAUGAACAAUUCCCAGAACUUAUGAACAUGCUGUGGUCCCGAAUGUUAAAAGAUAAUAAAAAGAAUUGGAGAAGAGUUUAUAAGUCUUUGCUGCUCCUAGCUUACCUCAUAAGAAAUGGAUCAGAGCGUGUUGUUACAAGUGCCAGAGAACACAUUUAUGAUUUGCGAUCCCUGGAAAAUUACCACUUUGUAGAUGAACACGGCAAGGAUCAAGGUAUAAAUAUUCGCCAAAAGGUGAAGGAAUUGGUUGAAUUUGCUCAGGAUGACGACAGGCUUCGUGAAGAGCGGAAAAAAGCAAAGAAAAACAAAGACAAAUAUGUUGGAGUUUCCUCUGACAGUGUUGGAGGCUUCAGAUACAGUGAAAGAUAUGAUCCUGAGCCCAAAUCAAAAUGGGACGAGGAGUGGGAUAAAAACAAGAGUGCUUUCCCAUUCAGUGAUAAAUUAGGUGAACUGAGUGAUAAAAUUGGAAGCACAAUUGAUGACACCAUCAGCAAGUUCCGGAGGAAAGAUAGAGAAGACUCUCCAGAAAGAUGCAGUGACAGCGAUGAGGAAAAGAAAGCAAGAAGAGGCAGGUCUCCCAAAAGUGAAUUCAAAGAUGAAGAAGAAACUGUGACGACAAAGCACAUCCAUAUCACACAGGCCACAGAGACCACCACAACUAGACACAAGCGCACAGCAAAUCCUUCCAAAACCAUUGAUCUUGGAGCGGCAGCGCAUUACACAGGGGACAAAGCAAGUCCAGAUCAGAAUGCUUCAAUCCACACACCUCAGUCUUCAGUUAAGACUUCAGUGCCUAGCAGCAAGUCAUCUGGUGACCUUGUUGAUCUGUUUGAUGCCACCAGCCCGUCAACAGCAGGAGGAUCAGCUGAUUUAUUUGGGGGAUUUGCUGACUUCGGCUCAGCUGCUGCAUCAGGCAGUUUCCCUUCCCAAGCAACAAGUGGGAAUGGAGACUUUGGUGACUGGAGUGCCUUCAACCAAGCCCCAUGCGCCUCCGCAGUUUCCAGUGGUGAGCUCUUUGGCAGUGCCUCCCAGCCAUCAGUAGAACUUGUCAGCAGCUCGCAGCCAGCAUUAGGGCCACCUCCAGCUGCCUCGGGUUCUUCAGACCUGUUUGAUCUCAUGGGCUCAGCCCAAGCAACCAUGACAUCUUCCCAGAGUAUGAAUUUCUCUUUGAUGAGCACUAACACUGUAGGACUUGGUUUGCCCAUGUCAAGGUCACAGCCUUUGCAAAAUGUUAGCACAGUGCUGCAGAAGCCUAAUCCUCUCUAUAAUCAGAAUACAGAUAUGGUCCAGAAAUCAGUCAGCAAAACCCUGCCUUCUACUUGGUCUGACCCCAGCGUAAACAUCAGCCUAGACAACUUGCUACCUGGUAUGCAGCCAUCCAAACCCCAGCAGCCAUCGCUCAAUACCAUGAUUCAGCAGCAAAAUAUGCAACAGCCUCUGAAUGUGAUGACUCAAAGUUUUGGAGCCGUGAACCUCAGUUCUCCAUCAAAUAUGCUUCCUGUCCGGCCACACACUAACCCUUUGCUGGGGGGACCCGUGCCUAUGAGUAUGCCCAGUGUGAUGACUGGCACCGUGGGAAUGGCCCCUCUGGGGAACGCUCCACUGAUGAACCAGAGCAUGAUGGGCAUGAACAUGGGCAUGGGGAUGUCAGCUGCUGGGAUGGGCUUGACAGGCGCAGUGGGCAUGGGUGUGCCCACCAUGGCCAUGACUUCCGGAACUGUGCAACCCAAGCAAGAUGCCUUCGCAAAUUUCGCCAACUUUAGCAAAUAGGAGACUGAAAAGAAACAGAUUGAAUGAAGAAUUUUUAGCUGAGCAGAUAGGUGAUAUUGGGAUGGAAAAUGCUAAUCAGCUCCCCU